UGAUACAAUUUUCGCGGCGGGUGUGGAUCCAAAUGCUCAGCACAUCAUCGUCCAUGAGAACCUUUUCGUAUGGUGAAAUAUCCGCCACACAGUGGCCUCAAUUUCCCAUUAUGGCUCAAACGCAACUAACCCUAGCAAUUGGUGAUGCUCUGUCAAGCUUCAACCAUGGCGGCUCUGGUUACAAUACCUCAAAAGUGGCCGCCGACGCUUGGUCCGCCCCAAAUCGGAGUGAGACGGCGGCCCAUCUGCACCGCGUCAAUGGCCGGCGCUGAACCUGAUGUCAGGAAAGAAGAUAUAGUUAUCGUCGGCGCCGGAGUUGCUGGCUUAGCUACGGCGGUGGCUCUGCAAAGAAAAAAAAAGGGUUGGAAUAGGGUCGUUGGUGCUGGAGCAAGCCGAGUCGCUAAGGACUGGGGGAACUUCGCUUACCUUCUUCAAGAAUGGAUGGAAAGUUUUGGAUGCUAUUGGGGUAGGGAGCCAGCUGAGGAGCCAAUUCCUCGAAAUUCAAGGAAAUUAACAGUUGAUGACAGUGUUGAUCAAUUGACUAACAAGCCCAAUUCAAGAAACGGUGGUAACUGGAUCGUGGUGAGAUCAGCGAGUGGAAGAAAGUUACGGUCCUUCAAUUUUGAAGACGAGGAUCCAAGUCAAGAGGUUCGUGCUGUAGAAAGGAGAAUUCUGUUAGAGACACUUGCUUCCCAGCUUCCCCCGAACGCAAUUUCGUUCUCCUCCAACUUGAAAAACAUCGAAACAAGUGAAAAUGGUGAAACCAUUCUGAGACUUGAGGACGAAUCCCAGAUAUCAUCUAAGAUUGUUAUUGCUUGUGACGGGAUACGAUCUCCAGUGGCCAAAUGGAUGGGCUUUCCGGAUGCAAGAUAUGUCGGGUACUGUGCUUUACGUGGGCUGGGAUAUUACCCUAAUGGGCAACCAUUUGAGCCCAGAGUAACUUAUAUCUAUGGAAGAGGAGUGCGUACAAAGAUAACCGAUCCAUCCAUUUUGAGGCAAGAAACCGAAACACUAGUUAAAGAUUGGCCCACAGAGCUUUUGGACGUCAUUCGAUCCUCACCGGACGACACAAUUAUAAGAACCCCUCUUGUCGACCGGUGGCUUUGGCCGGGAGUAAGCCCUCCAUCUUCAAAAGGAAAGGUCGUCCUAGUUGGCGAUGCUUGGCAUCCUAUGACACCAAAUCUUGGGCAAGGCGCUUGUUGUGCACUAGAAGAUGCUAUUGUCCUAACUGGAUUACUUGCAGAGGCUGUGAAAACCGGAACUUUCAAUGUGGAAGAUGCAUUUAGGUCGUAUGGAGAACAAAGGUGGCCACGGAUAUUUCCAUUAACGGCACGCGCAAAUCUUGUUGGUGCCUUAUUGCAGCUUGAGAACUCGGUGGUGUGUUCUUUGAGAGACAAUGUACUCGUACCUAAGCUAGUUAAGCUUGGGUCCAUGCUAGAACAUACAAAAUUCGAUUUUGAGCCUCUCCAAUUUGACAAGACAAAUUGACAUGUUGGUGUAAAACAAGUUGAAUAUGUAUUAUCUAGACGAAAUGACAGAUUUUCGCACAUAUCCGUGCCAGCAACAUGUAAUCUAUGGUUGAGUGUAUGCAAACAAGAAUAACAUUAUACUCGAAUUAUAAAAAGAGGCUGUGUAUAUUUUCAAUUGCAAAUGAAUGUCAAUGAUCUGGAAACUCUUCGGCAUGUAGUAAACAUGAUGUAAUGUACUGCUGCUUGUAUUAUUGUAUUAUCUAAUCUGUUACAAAUCAACUGGCUCGAAAUAACUCUCAGCAACUCUGUUCGAAUACAAAUCAUCUAAAUCUUCACUCUGGCAGCUCUCAGCAAAACUCUGUUGUUCGAAUACCAAUCAUCUAAAUCUUCACUCUGGCAGC